GUUUGUUAUGAGGAAGUUGAAUCAAAGACUUGUACUUGACUGGGAGCAUAAAUCAGUGUGUGUCGAAUGUAGAGCAGUGAGAUGAAAGUGCCGUCUUGACAAGAGCCUUUUAGGAAGCCUCUGGACAAGAGCAGUGAGGAUGGCCCUACCAAAGGCCCUGCGGUUCGGUGUUUUGAUGUUGGUUAUAUGCUUCACUCUCGACCAACCAGGAUUCAGACAGUCUGUGUCUGUCUUCUUUCAGGAUCUGAGGGACGCCACAUCAUCCAUCCUUCAUUCCAGAGAGAAAAGAGAAGCCUCUUCUGCUCUCUCAAACUUUACUGAACACGACUUCCAGUUUGUCAUAACCUUCUCUGACCUCGAGAGUCUCCAAAGGAUUCUCAGCAACAUCAGCUUCCCCAUUGCGAUCAACAACACUGUGGAAAUCACCAGCAUUGAGACCACGACAGUGUGUUCACCAAACAUAACUGGGUACCAGUGCGUAUGUGAGGAGAACUUUGCCUGGUCUUACAACAACUGCAUUACGUACGGCGUCUGUGACGCCAUCGCUGGUGACACGUGUGGCUGCAUUAAUGGGCUGCCAGCUGAUGGUCAGUUCUGCCAGUCCAACAGCAGCCAAACAGUGCCAACGACCACAACACCAUCUUCUACACAAGCGAAUGAUCUAGUGGACAUCGAUGUGGACAUCAUAGUGUCCAUCCCAACCUCUAGUAUAUCAUCUAGUAUAUUCAGUUACAUCAGAAGUUAUCUGCAAAGUGUUUCCUUCCCAAUUCUCAUCUCUCAGUCUGUGGGAGUGAAAGAGCUCUACUUCACCACAGCCUGCAAUCCAAACUUUCCUAAUGGGCUCCAGUGUCAAUGUGAGAGCGGCUUUGCUUGGCCAUGUGACACGUGUAACAGCAGCAACUCAUGCAGCAAUCAAACCUGUACAUGUUUAUAUGGACUUCCUCCCAAUGACGAGUUCUGUCAGCCUGUCACAAAUGCCACUAUAUGCAGGUCAACUCCUACACCUCCUACAGAUCUAGUGGACAUCGAUGUGGACAUCAUGGUGUCCAUCCCAACCUCUAGAGCUUCAUCAAGUAUAUUCAGCUACAUCAGAAGUUAUCUGCAAAGUGUUUCCUUCCCAAUUCUCAUCUCUCAGUCUCUGGGAGUGAAAGAGCUCUACUUCACCACAGCCUGCAAUCCAAACUUUCCUAAUGGGCUCCAGUGUCAAUGUGAGAGCGGCUUUGCUUGGCCAUGUGACACGUGUAACAGCAGCAACUCAUGCAGCAAUCAAACCUGUACAUGUUUAUAUGGACUUCCUCCCAAUGACGAGUUCUGUCAGCCUGUCACAAAUGCCACUAUAUGCAGGUCAACUCCUACACCUCCCACAGAGAUCGAUUUGGUCCUGGAAGUUCACAUCCCGUUCUCAAGCUACCAGCCUGAUGUGCUGGAUAAGUUUAGAGAGUCUCUGAAGAACAAAACCUUCCUCACACCGUUGUCAAAGUCUUUAAACAUUACAGAGUUAUUCUUGACCACAGUCUGUGAUCCAAACUCCACUUAUGGAUAUCAGUGUGUGUGUGAAAGCGGCUUUGCUUGGCCAUGUGACAUGUGCAGCAGUAACAUUUCAUGCAGCAGUCAAGUCUGUACGUGCAUAUAUGGACUUCCUUCCAACAACGAGUUCUGUGAGCCAAUCACAAAUAAUUCCAUAUGCCUGACACCAUCACCAACUCCAGUGGACAUCGAUGUGGACAUCAUGGUGUCCAUCCCAACCUCUAGAGCUUCAUCAAGUAUAUUCAGCUACAUCAGAAGUUAUCUGCAAAGUGUUUCCUUCCCAAUUCUCAUCUCUCAGUCUCUGGGAGUGAAAGAGCUCUACUUCACCACAGCCUGCAAUCCAAACUUUCCUAAUGGGCUCCAGUGUCAAUGUGAGAGCGGCUUUGCUUGGCCAUGUGACACGUGUAACAGCAGCAACUCAUGCAGCAAUCAAACCUGUACAUGUUUAUAUGGACUUCCUCCCAAUGACGAGUUCUGUCAGCCUGUCACAAAUGCCACUAUAUGCAGGUCAACUCCUACACCUCCCACAGAGAUCGAUUUGGUCCUGGAAGUUCACAUCCCGUUCUCAAGCUACCAGCCUGAUGUGCUGGAUAAGUUUAGAGAGUCUCUGAAGAACAAAACCUUCCUCACACCGUUGUCAAAGUCUUUAAACAUUACAGAGUUAUUCUUGACCACAGUCUGUGAUCCAAACUCCACUUAUGGAUAUCAGUGUGUGUGUGAAAGCGGCUUUGCUUGGCCAUGUGACAUGUGCAGCAGUAACAUUUCAUGCAGCAGUCAAGUCUGUACGUGCAUAUAUGGACUUCCUUCCAACAACGAGUUCUGUGAGCCAAUCACAAAUAAUUCCAUAUGCCUGACACCAUCACCAACUCCAGUGGACAUCGAUGUGGACAUCAUGGUGUCCAUCCCAACCUCUAGAGCUUCAUCAAGUAUAUUCAGCUACAUCAGAAGUUAUCUGCAAAGUGUUUCCUUCCCAAUUCUCAUCUCUCAGUCUCUGGGAGUGAAAGAGCUCUACUUCACCACAGCCUGCAAUCCAAACUUUCCUAAUGGGCUCCAGUGUCAAUGUGAGAGCGGCUUUGCUUGGCCAUGUGACACGUGUAACAGCAGCAACUCAUGCAGCAAUCAAACCUGUACAUGUUUAUAUGGACUUCCUCCCAAUGACGAGUUCUGUCAGCCUGUCACAAAUGCCACUAUAUGCAGGUCAACUCCUACACCUCCCACAGAAUUGGUGGACUUUGAAGUAGUCCUUGUCCUGCAGGUCGCCUUGGCCACUGCGCCGUCAAACUUACUUGAUUUGCUCAGGGCGGCUCUGAGAAAUCAAACCUUUCCCAUCGAGCUCUCACAGUCUGUAUAUGUUUUACAUGUAGAGUUAACCACAGCUUGCUCUCCAAACUCCACCAAUGAGCUGCUCUGUCAAUGUGAACAAGGUUUUGUUUGGCCAUGUGACAUGUGCAACAGCAGCAAUUCGUGCAAUGACCCCGGCAAUCCGUUCUGCACGUGUUUAAAUGGACUUCCUUCCAACAACAACUUCUGCCAGCCAAUCACAAAUUCCUCUGUGUGUCCAACUCCUACUCCAGUGACAACGGUCUCAACGAAUCCUUCACCAAUUUAUGAGAUCGAUUUAGUCCUGGAAGUUCACAUCCCGUUCUCAAGCUACCAGCCUGAUGCGCUGGAUAAGUUUAGAGAGUUUCUGAAGAACAAAACCUUCCUCACACCGUUGUCAAAGUCUUUAAACAUUACAGAGUUAUUCUUGACCACAGUCUGUGAUCCAAACUCCACUUAUGGAUAUCAGUGUGUGUGUGAAAGUGGCUUUGCUUGGCCAUGUGACAUGUGCAGCAGUAACAUUUCAUGCAGCAGUCAAGUCUGUACGUGCAUAUAUGGACUUCCUUCCAACAACGAGUUCUGUGAGCCAAUCACAAAUAAUUCCAUAUGCCUGACACCAUCACCAACUCCAGUGGACAUCGAUGUGGACAUCAUGGUGUCCAUCCCAACCUCUAGAGCUUCAUCUAGUAUAUUCAGCUACAUCAGAAGUUAUCUGCAAAGUGUUUCCUUCCCAAUUCUCAUCUCUCAGUCUCUGGGAGUGAAAGAGCUCUACUUCACCACAGCCUGCGAUCCAAACUUUCCUAAUGGGCUCCAGUGUCAAUGUGAGAGCGGCUUUGCUUGGCCAUGUGACACGUGUAACAGCAGCAACUCAUGCAGCAAUCAAACCUGUACAUGUUUAUAUGGACUUCCUCCCAAUGACGAGUUCUGUCAGCCUGUCACAAAUGCCACUAUAUGCAGGUCAACUCCUACACCUCCCACAGAUCUAGUGGACAUCGAUGUGGACAUCAUGGUGUCCAUCCCAACCUCUAGAGUUUCAUCUAGUAUAUUCAGCUACAUCAGAAGUUAUCUGCAAAGUGUUUCCUUCCCAAUUCUCAUCUCUCAGUCUGUGGGAGUGAAAGAGCUCUACUUCACCACAGCCUGCGAUCCAAACUUUCCUAAUGGGCUCCAGUGUCAAUGUGAGAGCGGCUUUGCUUGGCCAUGUGACACGUGUAACAGCAGCAACUCAUGCAGCAAUCAAACCUGUACAUGUUUAUAUGGACUUCCUCCCAAUGACGAGUUCUGUCAGCCUGUCACAAAUGCCACUAUAUGCAGGUCAACUCCUACACCUCCCACAGCUGGUCCGACCACGGCCGUCACGACGGCUGCCCCCCUGAAAGACACUGAAGUGACCGUCGUCUUCCGGAUCCCAGCCUCCAUUGUGCAAAAUUACACACUUCCACUACUCCAAAGCAAAUUUUACAACCUAACCUACAGCGUAACCCUCCCAGCGUUUUUGAACGUAAAAAAAAUAGACUUGACCACAGUCUGCUAUCCGAACCCACCGGAGCAACUGCGCUGUCAGUGUGAGGACAGUUUUGCGUGGUCAUGUGAUCUGUGCAACACCAGCAACUCCUGCAGCGGCGUCACCAGUCAGCAGUGUACCUGCAGAGAUGGACUCUCUUCCAUCAACCAGUUUUGUCAACCGCUCCUAAGUAGCACACCAUGUCCCGUGAUUUCCGCCACAACAUCACCGCCAUCCACAGUAACGCCGGGGCCUACGCUGGGGCCUACACAGGGCCCUACGCCGGGGCCUACACAACCACCUAAAACUGUACAAGGCUCCUUCACCAUGGACAUGGCGUUCAGCGAGUCAUUCAAUGACAAGAACAAUGAUGUUUAUAAAAGCAUUUAUGACGCUACUUUAAAAAAGUGUACACUUUUUUUAGAAAAGUGUGCGGUGAAAACUCUGAAUUUUACGGCUGGGAGUACAGUUGCUAAUUACGAGCUUGAUGUUUUUACAACUGAAACGCCACCAGAUGUCAAAGUUACGAUAACAAAAAAUGAAAUAUUAUCAGAAGUGGCAUCAAAAUACCCCGUCAGCAUCGUCAGUUCGAACCAAUUGACUGUUGAUAGAAACCCACUCUACGUCGGGGACACUGUCAAACUGACAUGUGACACAUCUGGCCUCACCAUUACAAACUAUUCAGUAACUUGGAAACGAAACGAAGGAGAACUUCCCAUACAAUCUAUGAUAGAUAAACUUACGAUCCAAAUCCCUACAUUUUCAAAAUAUGAUGACGGGAAUUACGAAUGUAAGAUAACCUGGGGAGCCGGUUCAACUUUCAUACAGAGGGGACAGCUGACGUCCACAGCACUCCCUCUGAUCACUGUGAGUCCAAUCAAAGACACAGUGAAAUGUUCUGAAAAUAAGAUUCUGAGCUGCCAAGCAGAAGGAUGGAAAGUUACAUUGUUCAGUCCAAUUAAUGAAGAUUUAGGUGUGACACCCUACAACUUCGAACCCCCUCAGCCAUGUGUUGAUGGUAAUGUGCUGAAGUACAAAUGUAAAUUGACAGGAAGGGACAGUGCAAAAGAGAUCACACUGGUACUAACCACAAGCCUGAACUUUGACUGUACAAAUGAGACAUAUGGAAAUGCAAUGGUUGGGAAUAUUGGUGUUGGAAAAUGUGACACUAACUAUGCGGGAGAAAAGACAGCAGUUUGUAUGGCAGAUGGUAGCUUCGGAGAUGAACAAGACAAAUGUGUUCUACAAGUGAUCGCGGACCUGCUUGAUCGAUCAAAGAACUUGAAUGUGUUGACUAUUCCAGUAUUCUUGGAGGAUCUCAAAAAUGCGACUGUGCAGAAUACUAAUCUGAUCACUGAGUCUCCGGCAACCCUCAUUGCCAUGAUCAAGAUCUUUGAAAAUGUUGCCAACGCAACCACAUCGUUAAAAAUCAAUCUAUCGAGAAAUUCCACAAAGGACUUCCUAGAAAGUGCCGGUUUUCUCACGAUCGACAAUGCCAGGGGGUCUUGGGCUUUUCUAAAUUACAACGACACCAGAAACACAACGGAAGAUCAACUAUCGAGAAGCAGCUCCAGCUCUGCAUUCUUGGAUGUUUUUGAAAACUUAACAAAGUUUAUUGGUAAUGAUUCACUGGACAUCAACACAGACUUCAUUCUCCUGAACAAAACCAGGAUCACAGAGCCUUUCAGCAGUGUAUAUAACUCCUCGGUGGAAAUAGAAAUACCAGAGGCUGGUGGAGAAGAAAAAUUCAUCACCAUAAUCAUUUUUGCUUCAAUGUACAACGUGCUUCCUGGAAGAGAUGAGCUCAACACCACCUCCAGCCGCGUCCAUGGAAGGGUUGCCCUUGUUCGUCCUGAAGUUGAAAUCUCAAAUAUUUCAUUGACAUUUGAUGUCAUAAAUUACACAAAUGACACCAUUGGAAACCCUAAAUGUGUCUUUUGGGAUUUCACUCUCUAUGAUGGUCUUGGAGGAUGGAGUGACGACGGCUGUUCACUAGUUUACUUUGAAAAUGAGACAGUCAGCUGCAACUGCAACCACACCACCUCCUUCUCCAUUCUGAUGUCACCCAACAGCCCCAGAAGCCUCAUUCUGGAUUACAUCACCUACAUUGGAGUUGGAAUUUCUAUGGCCUGCCUGGUCAUUUGUCUCAUCAUUGAAGCAAUCAUAUGGCGAAAAAUAAGAAAUAAUUCAACGUCGUACUUGCGUCACGUCUCCAUCAUCAACAUCGCUCUCUCCCUACUGAUUGCAAACAUUUGGUUCAUUAUUGGAGCGGCCAUUUCAGACGCAGACAAGAAGAAUCCUCCGGCCUGCACAGCCGCUACCUUCUUCAUCCACUUUUUCUACCUGGCCCUGUUCUUCUGGAUGUUGGCCUCGGCCCUGCUGCUGCUCUACCGGACUCUCAGUGUCUUUGACGGAGGGCUGUCUAAACUAACCAUGCUGAUCAUCGGAUUCGCUUUGGGAUAUGGAGCGCCGCUGAUCAUUGCAGUAAUAACUAUUGCCUCAACUGCUCCCUCCAAUGAGUACAUCCGGGAAAAUACCAUCUGUUGGCUCAACUGGGACCAGUCCAAAGCUCUGCUGGCCUUUGUGAUCCCUGCACUUAUGAUAGUGGCGAUAAACUUAAUCAUCCUGAUUGUGGUGUUGUACAAAAUACUGAGGAGAAGAGUUGGAGGAAACGCAUCCCAAACAGGAGAGAAGCACGUUCUGUAUGUGAUAGCCAGGAGUUUGGCUGUUCUCACGCCGUUUUUCGGGCUGACUUGGGGUUUGGGAAUCGGAACCAUGGUUAGCCCCCAAAACUUUGGAAUCCAUGUUGCCUUUGCUUUCUUCAAUUCACUGCAGGGUUUCUUUAUUCUGGUGUUCGGAACACUGUUGGACAGAACGGUGUGGUCAGCAAUGAACAUACGAGCCCUGACGUCACAGGGUAGAACGGCGAGCACCAGUGGUGGAACAUCAUCUAGUGGACUGAGCAACUUGUUCCGGAAAAUGAGAAUAAACAGAGGCUCCAGAAGUGGGUACCAUGUGUCUUCCACUGGACAAAGUGGAUCUAAUGAGGCAUUCAACACUUAACAAGUACAGGAAACCACGCCCACAUGAGGAAAACGACACAUACAAAUCAGUUUUUCUCUCUCUCUUUAUGUAAUGACAUUAUAAUCUGACAGAGUCGCGCUCGGUUCUCUUUUUAAAAAAUGAAGGAAGCAUUAAUUCUGCCAUCUUGUAAAAGCAGGAUUUUAGAAAGCUUUACAAAGGUGUGUAAUGCAGAAAAGCUAAAUAUUUUAAUAUUACACAGCGUUUGUUUUAUGGGACGUGCACAAUAAUGUAAUACUACAUAAAUUAUUUCUUAUUAAAAAUCAUUCAUUUUAUUUUCCUUAGAUGGAAUGGCGUUUGAAGUAAGUUUAAAGAAAAAGUUGUUUGUUUUUUAGUUUAUAUGUCAUGUUUUAUAUCCACAAAACCUUUGGAAAAUAUGUUUAUUUUUUAUUAAACUAUGUGACUUGCAGCAGAAAAGGUCAAAUCCCCCAAAUGGAAUUGAGUUAUUGAUCGAUGGUAAUCAUUGUAUUGAACAGCUACUUCCCUUUGUUUCCAUAACUCCUCUGUAAUCGAUGUGUUAUGCAAUGACAGCCGUUUAUAGAAGCAUUUUCUACUGUUUUGGUUUGUUUUUUUGUUGAACAAGCAGAACAGUCUUGUUAUGGUUAUGGUUAAUUUUACUUACAUGGAAAACAUUGUAAUGAGUCUUUCCAUGUCACAACAGGAUACUAACACUGUGUAACAUUUACUGUUCCUACAUUUGCAUUAGAUCUGCAAAGACUAAUACAAAUUACCGUAGUCUUUGUAGACUAAAACUCCGCUUUAGACACAAACACUGUCAAAGCUAAAUCUCACCCCUCAAAGAAAUUCUCUUUAAACCUUUGGCAGCUGAGCUCCAGAGAGCCUGUGCUGUUUGUAGACAUGAAAAUCUUGUUUAUCUUGCUUUACCGUCUGUGUUUUGAAUGUAAAGUAAGGCAGACAUGUUUCCUUUAUAUCUCAACGAAACGUCCACAAGCUUAUGAUUUUGUUUGGAAAUAAUUAUUUUUGUGUGCAAUCACUUUCUUGAAUAUAUCGCAUUAUUUUGAAAAAUUAUUUAACGAUUCUUGCACGUUAUUGAAUAUUAAAAUGAAGCCUUGUGACAGAGCCUCUUC